GUUAAAAUCAAUUAAAGUUUCAAUUUUUAUAAAUAAUAUCUACGUAUCGUUUCGCCAUCAAUAUUAUUUCUUGACUGUUCAAUGUAUAUUUAGCGUUACGGUCUUUGAAGUUUUGAGUUCUGUUAUUUGUGUUGUUUGUUAAUUAAACAUGGCUCGAGGCCCCAAGAAGCACUUGAAGCGUUUAAACGCGCCAAAAGCAUGGAUGUUGGACAAACUUGGUGGCGUGUACGCGCCACGGCCAUCCACUGGCCCUCACAAGCUCCGGGAGUGCUUGCCGCUGGUGAUUUUCCUUCGUAACCGUCUGAAGUACGCACUCACUGGUAAUGAGGUGCUCAAGAUUGUGAAGCAAAGGUUGAUCAAGGUUGACGGCAAAGUGAGGACAGACCCCACAUACCCUGCUGGAUUCAUGGAUGUGGUGUCCAUUGAAAAGACAAAUGAAUUGUUCAGACUUAUCUAUGACGUCAAGGGCAGAUUCACCAUUCACCGUAUCACUCCUGAAGAGGCCAAGUACAAGCUGUGCAAAGUGAAGCGAGUGGCGACCGGCCCCAAGAACGUUCCGUUCCUGGUGACGCACGACGGCCGCACCAUCCGGUACCCGGACCCCCUCAUCAAGGUCAAUGACUCCAUCCAGCUGGACAUCGCCUCCUCCAAGAUUAUGGACUUCAUCAAGUUUGAGUCAGGUAACCUGUGCAUGAUCACGGGCGGCAGGAAUUUGGGCCGCGUGGGCACGAUCGUGUCUCGCGAGCGCCACCCCGGCUCGUUCGACAUCGUGCACGUGCGCGACUCCACGGGCCACACGUUCGCGACGCGCCUCAACAACGUGUUCAUCAUCGGCAAGGGCACCAAGGCGUACAUCUCGCUGCCCAGGGGCAAGGGCGUCAGGCUGACUAUAGCCGAGGAGAGGGACAAGCGUAUAGCCGCUAAAGUCGCUGCGCAGUAGCCGGGUUAAUAUAUGUGAUAAGGAAAAUCUG